GACUUUGCCGACCCCUGCCGCGCGGCCACCAAAGCUUGCUGUUGCGUCCAAGCCACUCUCUCAGCCACAGGCCAGAGCAGGCCAGGCCACGGUGUCGACGAGGGAACACUUUCGGAUUAUCCAUCAUACCGCCUCAUCGACGCGGUCCUAUUUGCUGCAGCAAGCAACUUGAUGAGCAGAAUAGCAGUGGCGAAACGACUUCUCCGACUCCCGGGCGACCAACGAACUGUCAGUUAGCGACGACGCCGAACUCUUCCGUUGCACCGCACCUCCCCCACCCACCCACUCAAGUACUCUAGGUACCUACAAACCUACAUACAGACGCUACUGGAACAACUGCGCCAGAGCUCUGCAACUCAAUUAGCUUACGACCACCACGACCACGACCACGCCCACGACCACGACCACGACACGGCACGGCAAACACGACACAAUCGGCCAUCACCACCCACACAGCGAUGCGGAUUACCUCGUGGAUAGCAUUGCUCCAGCUAGUGGCGGUGGAGCUAUGCGGCGGCAGCAGCAGCAGCAACACACCACUCGCGCGACAGUACGAUACGCGGGAGUACUACGCCGUGCACCUAUCCCGCCAUGCUACACCACACGACCUCGCCGGGCGGCUCGGGCUGGACUUCGAGGGGAAGAUAGGGGAGCUCGACGACCACUACCUGUUCUCGGGGCCGAAGGGGGACGCCGACGUGAUCGAACAGUACCAGCUGCGGCAGAAAGGAAAGCGGGAUGCGAGCAGCGAUGGGAUCCUCUUCGCACAGAAACAGAAGCUGAAGCGCCUCGUGAAACGGAUACCGCCGCCGCCGAGAGAGAAGAGGCUGGAAGACCGCGCGCAGGAUAAGGGAUUGGUGAGAGAGCUCGAGCAUAUCUCCAGCGCUCUGGAUAUUCGCGAUCCGAUCUUUCAUGAACAGUGGCACUUGUUCAAUACCGUGGAGCAGGGCCACGACGUGAAUGUUACCGGUUUGUGGUUGGAGGGCAUCACCGGGCACGGAUCGACGGUCGCGAUCGUCGAUGACGGCCUGGACAUGUACAGUGAUGACCUGAAGGAUAACUACUUCGCAAAAGGUUCGUAUGACUUCAACGACCAAACCGCGGAACCGAGACCCCGCCUUAGUGACGAUCGACAUGGUACUCGGUGCGCGGGAGAGAUCGCGGCGGUGCGGAACAACGUCUGCGGUGUCGGCGUUGCCUACGAUGCCAAAGUAGCGGGUAUCCGCAUCCUGUCGAAACAAAUCUCCGACGCCGACGAAGCAGUCGCUUUGAACUAUGCCUACCAGGAUAAUCAGAUCUACUCGUGUAGUUGGGGACCGCCGGACGACGGCAAGUCUAUGGAGGCGCCGGGAAUCUUGAUCAAGAAGGCGAUCUUGAAGGGUAUCAACCAAGGCCGGGGCGGGCUGGGGUCGAUCUUUGUGUUUGCGUCCGGGAAUGGUGCUGCCAAUGGCGAUAACUGCAACUUCGACGGGUACACCAACAGCAUCUACAGUAUCACUGUUGGAGCCGUGGACCGUAAAGGGAAUCACCCAUAUUACUCGGAACACUGCUCGGCGCAGAUGGUGGUCACCUACAGCAGUGGUAGCGGCGAUGCGAUCCACACGACCGACGUUGGCACCAACAAGUGUUACUCCGGCCACGGCGGCACAUCUGCUGCCGCCCCACUGGCGGCGGGCAUCUUCGCUCUCGUCCUGUCGGUACGGCCCGAGCUCACAUGGCGAGACCUGCAGUACCUGUCGAUGGACACAGCGGUGCCCAUCAACGUGGACGACGGGAUGUGGGAGAAGACAGCGCUCGGCAAGCUGUACAGCCACCGGUAUGGCUACGGCAAGCUCGAUGCCUACGCCAUCGUGCAGGCGGCCAAGACGUUCAAGCUUGUCAAGCCGCAGACAUGGUACAAAUCGCCGGUGGUGCUCGCGAACCACGAGAUCCCGCAGGGCCAGAAGGGACUGCGCAGCGAGAUCGAAAUCACCGAGCAGCACAUCAAGGACGCCAAUGUCGCGCGGCUCGAGCACGUGCAGGUGCGCAUGAACGCUGUGCACGGCCGCCGUGGUGACUUGAGCGUCGACCUCAUCUCGCCGAACGGCGUCGUCAGCCACAUCGCGACGAAGCGGGAUCUCGAUAACAGCGCGCAGGGGUACGAGAACUGGGACUUCAUGACCGUCAAGCACUGGGGCGAGGACGGCAUCGGGAAAUGGGCCAUCAUCAUCAGGGACACCCAGGAGAACGAGUACAACGGCACGCUUGUCGACUGGAGCAUCACGCUGUGGGGCGAGGCGAUCAAUGCCGACCUGGCCGAGCCCCAUCCCCUACCGGGAGAGGAAAACAAGCUGCCUGCUUCGCACACGACCAGCGCGCUUCACACUACGACCGACCUGCCCAGCGAAUUCCCCACAGACCAUGCCGCCGCCACCGGCAAUCCAACCGACCACCUGCACCGGCCGGUGAACUCCAAGCCCGGCAGCAGCAACGGCGCGCAAGGAACCCCGACCGACAACGCCGCAUCCCCCUCAUCUAGCUCUACUACCGCCGAAGACUCCACCAGCAGCGACUCAGCUGCCUACCUCCCCUCGUUCCUGCCCACCUUCGGCGUCUCAGCCAAGACGCAAGCAUGGAUGUACGGCGCGAUCAUCGUGAUCGCGCUCUUCAUCGGCGCAGUAGCAGUAUACCUUCUCAAGCAGCGGCGCAAAGCGCAGGCGCGCGAGGACGGCAUGAACUACGAGUUCGAGGCGCUCGGCGACGCCGAUCUCGAGGAGGGCGGUGGGCGCUCCCGCGGCGGCAGCGGCGGCGGCGGCGGCCAGACCACUGGUGCUGCUGCAGGCGGCAGAAGAAAGGCCCGUGACCUCUAUGAUGCCUUUGGCGCUAGUGAUGAUGAGGAGGAGCUCUUCAGCGAUGAUAACGAUGAGGAUGGGGAUGAGGAUGCGGAGGCUAGCGAGAAGGAGGAUUAUUAUGAUCAUGAUGCUGCUAGGGGCAUCGAUGAGAGCGGCAAGGGUGAGGAUAGGCAGAAGCUGCUGGGGAGGGAGAAUCGGUGAUGAGGGGUGGGCUGGGAGGUGCGGGGUGUAAUGUAUAUGUUGCUGUUUUUUUAGGUGGUGUGGGGGGAAGGGCGGCGGGCGGGGUUAUUGUUUGUUUGUUUGUUUAACAAGAUCGAUUCGCAUUGAGUCAUGGAUGGAUGGGGGGAGGGGGGGAGGGAGGAGGGGGAUCCCACUUUGCUCUAUGGCAAAGAGGACGGGACUGUAUGGGUACAGGGUGUAGGGUGUAUCGAGAAGACUUGCCAUCAUCGACAUCGGAGGCUUGGAGGUAUGCGUGAUAAACGUCCGGCGAUGUGAAUGGCCAUCUAUAAUCCAAUGGACAAAGAACGAUUAGUGCUGG